AUGACUACGGAUAACGCUAAGGCGCAACUGACCUCUUCUUCAGGGGGUAACAUCAUCGUGGUGUCCAACAGACUGCCCGUCACGAUCAGUAAGAACAGUAGUACGGGCCAGUACGAGUACUCGAUGUCGUCUGGGGGGCUGGUCACCGCACUGGAAGGGUUGAAGAAGAUGUACACUUUCAAAUGGUUUGGGUGGCCCGGGCUAGAGAUCCCGGAUGAUGACAAGGAGCAGGUGAGAAAGGACUUGUUGGAGAAGUUCAACGCCGUACCCAUUUUUCUGAGCGAUGAAAUCGCCGACUUGCACUAUAACGGGUUCAGCAACUCGAUUCUAUGGCCGCUAUUCCAUUAUCAUCCCGGUGAGAUCAAUUUUGACGAGAAUGCGUGGUUGGCCUACAACGAGGCUAACCAAACGUUCACCAACGAGAUUGCCAAGGUCAUGAACCAUAACGAUUUGAUCUGGGUGCAUGACUACCAUCUGAUGCUGGUUCCAGAAAUGCUAAGAGUCAAAAUUCAGGAGAAACAACUGCAAAAUGUGAAGGUCGGUUGGUUUCUGCAUACGCCCUUCCCUUCGAGUGAAAUCUACAGGAUCCUGCCUGUCAGGCAAGAGAUUCUGAAAGGUGUCUUGAGUUGCGAUUUGGUCGGGUUCCAUACGUACGACUAUGCAAGGCAUUUCCUGUCCUCGGUGCAAAGAGUGCUGAACGUGAAUACUUUGCCCAAUGGGGUCGAGUAUCAGGGCAGGUUUGUUAACGUCGGGGCUUUCCCCAUCGGUAUCGAUGUCGACAAGUUCACCGACGGUUUGAAGAAGAAAUCCGUGCAGAAUAGAAUCCAGCAAUUGAAGAAAACUUUCGAAGGGUGCAAGAUCAUAGUCGGUGUCGACAGACUGGAUUACAUCAAGGGUGUUCCUCAGAAGCUGCACGCCAUGGAGGUGUUCCUGAGCGAGCAUCCGGAAUGGAGGGGCAAAGUCGUUCUCGUACAGGUUGCAGUGCCAAGUCGUGGAGACGUGGAGGAGUACCAGUACCUGAGAUCUGUCGUCAACGAGCUGGUCGGCAGAAUCAACGGCCAGUUCGGUACUGUGGAGUUUGUCCCCAUCCAUUUCAUGCACAAGUCCAUCCCAUUCGAAGAGCUGAUCUCCCUGUACGCUGCAAGUGAUGUGUGUUUGGUCUCGUCCACCCGUGAUGGUAUGAACUUGGUUUCUUACGAAUAUAUUGCCUGUCAGGAGGAAAAGAAGGGUUCUUUGAUCCUGAGUGAGUUCACGGGUGCCGCACAGUCUUUGAACGGUGCGAUUAUCGUGAAUCCAUGGAACACUGACGAUCUAUCUGAUGCCAUCAACGAAGCUUUGACUUUGCCCGACAUAAAGAAGGAAGUCAACUGGGAAAAACUCUAUAAAUACAUCUCCAAAUACACUGCUGCCUUUUGGGGUGAAAAUUUCGUUCAUGAACUAUACACCACAUCUUCAAGCUCAACAAGCUCCUCAGCUGCCAAAAACUGA